CUAAGAGACGCCAUUUUUCAGUGAUUUGAUAGUGACUGUUGUGUGUCGUUUGUGUAAUUUUGUUAGAAUUUUAACAUGAAUUGAAUGUUAAAUACACUUAAAUGUAUAUUUCUUAAAUGCUAAAUUAAAACUCUUUGACAUAUAUCUAUUCGGAAAAAGAAGAAUUGAUCACUCUUAUAAAUAUCGCCUGCGCGGGAAAUGUGGCUAUCUACGUUCUCUAUUCUUCAUGUCUAGAAGAUUUUUUACAGCUUAAAUUAACUUGGAAUAAGCAUAAAAAUGAUAGCAAACAAAAAACGAGAAUCGAAACGGGCUAAGAGUAAAAUGGCGAAGAGCCUGCAAAUACUUUAUAAAGAAGGAAAAUGCCGUGAGUGUUCAGUUGUGGUUACGCGUAUGGAUUUUGCCAAGAUACUCGGUAAAUUUACAAAAGUAAAAAUCCAAUAUGAAAGUAAUUCAUCGCCCAAAACUCCGAAGUCCCCAGAGAUUACUUCUCCUAAUGUGAAUACAAGACUUAAGAGCAAUGAAAAUGGCAUGGUUCUUAUUCGCAGAAAUGCAUACAAUCCUCAUCCUGCUAAAGAACUGAAAAACAGUAAAAAGAACAAAAGUAAUGUUAUAGAAACAAAAAAAGCAUUAGUACCAAGUUCACCCAAAAGUAACAUACUGAAGGAAAACAAUAAUUGCAAAAAAACAAAUACAACAAAAAAAAUUUCCUCAGCAUAUAAAUCGAUACACUCUGAUCAUAAACAAUAUGCAAUCAUAUUUGUUAAUCCUACAGUAAAUGGAAAUAAUGAAUUUAAGACUAAAUUAACAUUGGCCGAUUUGAUACCAAAUAUCAAUGGACACAUAUUACCUUCUGAUGAAUGGUGUAUAGAGUAUUUUCCUCAAAGUAUAGAACCAAAAGAUGAAAAAAUGUAUAAUAGAAUUGCUGCUGAAUUAGAAGACCUAAUGUACAAUAAAAUAAAUGCUACUGAACCUGCAGAAAGUAAAUGUGACGAAUUUCCGUCUAUAAUGGAUAUUCUGAAUGAUAACCCAGCCGAAGCUUGUACAGACACAAAAGAACAAACAAAUGUAGUAGAAUUUAAACCAAACUUAGAAUCCAGUGAUGUAGAAGCAAUGCUCUUAGGAAAACCUGAUGAAAAAGAUCUUAAAACUAUACCAAUGGAUGUAGAUAGUUCAGAUGUUAGUAAAUUAAUAGAAGAUGUUGUUCAAUUGGUUCCCAAUGCAGAAAUUAACAAAAAUCUCACUAGUGACGAAGUAGAGAAACCAAACAGCCCAUCAAUACUUGAUGAAACUUUACAAAAGGGUAUAGAAGAACAUUUACCUAUUCCCCAACCUAUAGAACAAGACAUUAGCACAAAAGAGAAUAAUAACACUAUAAAAUCAGACACAUCAAAUAACAAUGAUAUUGAUCAGGUAGAUAUUAAAUUAGAAGACAAAACAUGUGAAGAUAAUAAUAUAACCGAAACAAAAGAUAAAACAUCACCAAUCAAUUAUGAUGAGGUUUCGGAAGUACGAUUCAAAAAAAUUGUAGAUGGAAAAUGUCCAAAGUUAGUGACAUGUCUGAAAAAUUUGUCUUAUAAUAUUAAUCUAGAGGAAAAGUCUGUUGAAUUAUUAGGUGCCCCAAAAUAUAUAACUAGCAUAGAUGAUAUUCAGGUAUUAUUGCAGAUUGUUAAUGAAAGUACACUAGACAGUUUGCAUGUGUUACAUACAAAUGUGUAAUUAAAACAUAAAGUUUGUAUUUGGACAGAUAUAUAGUAUAUAUAAGAAUAAAAAUAAUGCUUUCAUAUAUAAUUUCUGAUACAAUGGAGAUGUUUAAUAUGGUUAAAUAUGAGUGUUGUUAUAAUUUUGUUUUUGUAAUUGAUUGACUAUUUGUGAGAGGUUGAUUCCAUGAAUUUUAAAAAUUUAUAUUAAUCAUAUGCAAUAACAGAAGAAUGGAUAAGUUGGGUGUCUAAAACUAUCAAUAAUUAUUACAUAAAUGUUCACAUUUGAUAUGUGUGUAAGAUCUCACCAUAGAUUAAAAAAGAAUACUGCAUAAAUAUUUUUAUGACUGGACUGUUGCAGUAGAAAAUGUUUUAACCAAUCAUAUAGUAAAUUAUAGCUGAAAGCAUUAUCUGUUACAAGAAAUGUUGUAGCAGUACUUUGAGCACGACCUUUGUUAUACCAAAUAUCAUUGGUAAAAAAUGUUAAUAUUUUAAUUAACAUGAGUUAAUUAUGAUGUAAUAUAAAUAUUUAAUAGACUUAAUCUUACCCAAACAAGAAUAA